ACUCGAUACAGAGCUUUUUAUCUCUUAUCCGAAAUCAAAAUCGAUCUCUCUAUCAUAUUGUUCUCAAGUUAUCGUAUCAGUUUUGCUUUUUCAAAUCUUUACUCAUCAAGUUAGUUUUGCCUUAGCUUUCUUCUAUCAACAACAAACAAUCAGUGGAAUUUUUUUUCUUAUUUUAUUUUUCUGGUUUUGAAUUCGUAAUGGUUACGCAGACUUCAGUAUCAGGGUACAGGAAUUGAGUUCAAGACAGAAGUAAUCUUAAAAAUGAUGGAGGAGAAGCAGAGAGGUGUUGUGUUGGGGAAGUACGAGGUGGGGAAGCUGGUGGGAUGCGGGGCGUUCGCGAAAGUGUACAGAGGGAGGGACACGGGGACGGGUCAGAGCGUGGCGAUCAAAGUAGUGAGCAAGCAGAGGCUGAACAAAGGAGGCCUCAACGCCCACGUCACGAGGGAGAUCGCUAUCAUGCACCGCCUUCGCCACCCCCACAUCGUGCGCCUCUCCGAGGUCCUCGCCACCAAAUCCAAGAUCUUCUUCGUCAUGGAGCUCGCCAAAGGCGGCGAGCUCUUCGCCAAGGUCUCCAAAGGAAGAUUCUCCGAGGAUCUCAGCCGCCGCUACUUCCACCAGCUCAUCUCCGCCGUCGGUUACUGCCACUCCCGCGGCGUCUUUCACCGGGAUCUCAAACCGGAGAACCUCCUCCUCGACGAGAAGCUCGAUCUGAAAAUCUCCGACUUCGGACUCAGCGCGCUGACGGAGCAGAUCAGACCAGACGGUCUCCUACACACGCUAUGCGGGACCCCCGCCUACGUGGCGCCCGAGGUCCUGGCGAAGAAAGGGUACGACGGGGCCAAGAUCGACGUGUGGUCGUGUGGAGUGAUACUGUUCGUGCUUAACGCGGGGUAUCUACCGUUCAACGACCAUAACCUGAUGGUCAUGUACAGGAAGAUAUACAAAGGAGAGUUCCGCAUCCCCAAGUGGACCUCCCCUGAUCUGCGGCGUCUCCUCACUCGUCUCCUCGACACGAACCCGCAGUCGAGGAUCACGAUCGAGGAGAUCACCCGCGACCCCUGGUUCAGACAGGGGUACGACGACAAAAUGUCCAAGUUCCACCUCGAGGAUUCCGACAUGAAGCUCCAGUGGGACAGCGAGACGCGGGUGAUGAACGCCUUCCACAUCAUCUCGGGAUCUCCCGGUUUCAACCUCUCCGGUAUGUUUGCCGGGAAGUACGAUCGGGUGGAGCGGUUCGUCGGAUGGACGGCGGAGAGGGUGGUGGAGAAGCUGGAGGAGGUGGCGGCUGAGGAGAAUCUGACCGUGGCGAGCAAGGAAGCGUGGGGGAUGAAGAUACAAGGGGAAGGAGGUUGCUUUGCGAUGGUUGUGGAGAUCAAUCAGCUUACGGACGAGCUGGUGAUGAUCGAGGUGAGGCAGCGGCAACGAGGUGGAGGGGAUAUUUGGUCAGAUACACUGAGGCCUUUCCUCGUGGAGAUUGUUCACAAACCGGACGAGACGGUGGCCGGUUUACAGACAGCCCAUAACCGGGAAGAUGCUUCUUCUUUGCGUGACGUGAAUACGACGACUAGUGAUUUAGGUAUCUGUCAAUAUCAUCCAAAAAAAUAAAAAAAAUGACAGAAGUUAUGGCUUUGUCUGACAAAACUAUUCAGGAAAAUUCUCCCAAUUUUUAUUUUUAAAUAUGUUAGCCUCUGUAACUUAUCAUGUAAUCUUUGAUUAUCAAUGUUUUUGUAAAUGGUUA